AUGGAUCUCCGCGGUCAGACCGUGCACGGGGAAUCCCCCGCGUGCGUUUUCGUGACCCUCCCGUGUCCUUUGGACCGUCCGAGAGCUUCUGAUUUGGAAGGUAAAUUGGACAAGUUGUUAGAGUCUUUUUCUCCGGAGGGACCGGACAUCGAGGCGAUCAGCGAUUCGCCGACUGAGGUUGUGGAGACUUCCGGCAUCACACAGGUUCUCCAGGGGGGCGAACCAGAGUUGCCACAUAUUCCAGAGAAUUCCUCCACCGCUCCGGUGCCGGUAGAUCCAGCGCACGAUGUUGACGCAUUCAAAAUGAAUUUGAUGGGCGCCAAUCUCGAUAGUGCCGCUACGGGUCCAUCCGUCCAUGAUCUUAUUACGAAAACUUGGUCGGCCAUUAUUAUCAGCGGCUUGCCCAAAGAGACGACUCUUGCGCUAUGCAAGAAGUACCCCGUUCCGCAGAACUUGCCAUUUGCUAAGGCUCCUACACUCAACACGGAAGUGGAGCAGGUUAUGCCAUCGACUUCCGUUAAGAGAGACGACUACCAGGUCAUCACGCAAGGUAUGGUCGCAGCAGCUAUAACGGCUCAGGCACAUUUGGUGUCCGAACUUUUGAAGCCGGAAGAGCAAUGGGAUGGCAAGCGCAUUUUUGAGUGGGCGAGCGAUACAGGUCGUUUGCUCUCGCAUAUACAUCACGUUUCGAGGAAUAGACGUGCUUUGAUUACUCCGAUGCUGACUCCAUCGGCCAGAAACGCGUUAGAGACUUCUAUUGAUACUCAGCUUUUUGGCGAGCAAUAUUUAAACAAGAUGAAGGAAGCUACAGCGGCAAAUAAAUUAAUGAAAGGCCUGACUACUCUACACCCACCAGCUUCAAAACCAGGGAAAUGCGAAAGCCUUUGCUUACAAACCGAAGUCUCGUCGAGAGGCAAAGGCUGCGCCGCGACCGACGAGACACCGAUCGAGGUCUCGCACGAGGAGCUCUCGAUACCACCGUUAGAGGUGAGCACUGCUGGUCGUCUGGCUAGAUUCGUAGACGCCUGGUCCCAAAUUACUAAUGAGAAGAGGAUCUUGACUGCAAUAUCGGGAUACAAACUUCCCUUUUCUCAAAUCCCUCCUUCUCGGCCAUAUUUACGGGAACCACAGUUGAGCGCGUCCGAACGCUCUCUUUGUGCAGCAGAGAUCGACCGUCUUCUUACGAAGGGUGCUAUUCAACGCGUUGACUUUGUACCAGACCAAUAUCUGUCUUCCUAUUUUUUGAUCGACAAGGCCUCCGGCGACAAACGGUUUAUCUUGAAUCUCAAACCUCUUAACGAAUAUAUUUUUGCACCUCAUUUUAAGCUAGAGGACCUAACGACGGCCACCCGAUUGCUAUCUCCGGGUUCUUUUAUGGCUUCGAUCGAUUUGGAAGAUUCCUAUUUUUUGGUUCCAGUUCACGUCACCCACCGGAAGUACCUACGGUUCUCGUUCCAGGAGGAAAUCUUUGAAUUUUCUGCCUUACCAUUUGGUCUUUCUUCAGCCCCGUACAUAUUUACAAAAAUAAUGAAACCAGUGAUCGCAACAUUACGCGAGAGGGGUUAUUUGUCUAUCGUUUAUCUAGAUGAUCUUUUACUGUUCGGUGACACCUUUCAGGACUGCGCCGCGAACGUCAACGCAACUCUCCAGUUGCUUGCUCAUUUGGGUUUUCUCAUUAAUCCGCAAAAGUGCGAGCUCGUCCCAAGCCGGCGGAGGAAGUAUUUAGGUUUUAUAUUGGACUCCUCCAAGAUGACUAUAUCCUUACCAGAGGACAAGCGAAUAGUUAUACUUGAACAUCUGCGCAAAUUCUCCAAUAAACAAUCUUGCAAGAUUCGAGAUUUUGCAAGGCUCAUAGGAACGCUGAAUUCCAUUUGCCGAACAGUUGCUUAUGGUUUCGUAUACAUUCGAGACUUUGAGAGAAAAAAGUUCCUCGCUUGCAUAGACUCUAAUAAUGAUUACGACGUUCGUAUGAUGCUACCCACAUCACUCCAGCCUGAUUUCAGGUGGUGGCUGCACAGGUUGCGCUCCCCACCGAUUGAACGACCGUUACUAAGACGAAAAUUUUCUCACGUAAUUUUUUCAGAUGCUUCACCUUCCGGUUGGGGUGCCUCUAUGGGUAGGAAGCAAACGCACGGCUGGUGGUCCGACCAGGAUAGAGAUGAGCAUAUCAAUUUUCUCGAAUUGCAGGCUGUGGAAUACGCCCUCCGUUCUUUCGUGGACAAUCUCCACUCCCGAGACAUAUUACUCCGGGUCGAUAAUACGACAGCGAUUGCUUACAUCAACAGGGGCGGUUCUUCGCGAUUUCCGAAACUUUCGGCUCUUGCAAAGUCGAUUUGGCAAUGGUGUGAGUCCCGCGAUUUAUAUCUUUUUGCAUCUUACAUUCGAUCUGCCGAUAAUGUCGUGGCCGACAGAGAAUCUCGAAUCGUUUCGGUUGAAACCGAGUGGGAGAUCACUUCCCGCUCUUUCGACAGGAUUUUAGAGCAUUUCGGUCCUUUCGACAUCGACCUCUUUGCGUCCUAUAUCAACGCAAAAUGCCAGACCUUCGUUUCUUGGUUUCCGGAUCCGUUCGCGACCGCCAUUGAUGCUUUUACGCUAGAUUGGAGUGAAUUUUAUUUUUAUGCCUUUCCACCUUUCGUAUUAAUUACUAAAGUUUUACGGAAAAUAGUCAAUGAUGGAGCAGUAGGUGUUUUAGUGGUUCCCAGAUGGCCAGCUCAACCGUGGUCCCCAGAGUCAACACCCAACGUGGCACAACAUUCCCCUGAUUGCAGGGAGAUUGUCCGGCAAGCUUUUCGCCGAAAAGGAUUUCCGGAGGAGUCGAUAGAGGUAGCCCUGGCGUCUCUUGCUAAUUCGACUCUGGCCCAAUAUAAUAAGCCUAUCAGGCUCUGGUGGUCCUUCUGCGCCGAACGCGACAUUGACUGGUUUCAGCCUAAUACAACGCUAGUUCUCAAGUUUUUAGCCGCACAAUUUCAUAAUAUUACGUCUUACGGGACCCUCAAUUCAUAUCGAUCAGCAAUAUCACUGAUAACGAAUAGUAGUAUUGGCUCCGACGAAAGAAUUAGACGCUUCUUCAAGGGAGUAUCCGUCUUAAAGCCCUCUAAACCGAAUUGGACCCAAUCUACCACCCUCUUUCGGAAUAGAAGUUACUUAUCGGACACCCUGUAUAUAGAAGUAAAGAUAUAA